CUUGACUUCAGUAGUAGAAGAAGAACCCAUAACAGUACAACGGGACAUGUAAUCACGGCUGUAACCAGAGGGGGCAGCAUUGUCGAUCGGCGUGACUAACCUUUCAAGAGAAGAAGACUGGUUGGCCCGUAAUAGCUUUCGAGCUAACCCCAUCAACACGCAGUUGGAUCGAAAUGAUGUAUAUAUGUGUACUUUUGUCCACAACAGCUUUCCAGGUAUGAACAGGAAACGAGCUCUGAUUUCUGACAUUUUCAAGGUGAAGAAAAGACGAACUGGUGCUGACAAGUUUGGUAUCAAGAGUGAUGAACUAGGUCCGACUGACGUCCGGGCCAGCCUGGAGUACCUCAUGACGCUGUUCCCCAGAAAGCUCUUCAAUGACACCUUGCCUCAAAUUGUGCUCAAGCACCAACUGUACAGCAUUCAUCAUGACAAGACUCUAGUGGACAAGGAAGUGAAUAAGCUGCGGGAGGACGGGGAGCUGCUCAUGUUCCAGCUCGGCUUCGAUGCCGAGGCUUUCGCUUUGGUCUUCACGGCCGACUACAAGGCCAAAGUGUCGGCCGGAGAGGAGGGCAGAGACACCCGAGGGGCCGUGGACAAGUUCUUGGAGAAGGUGUUAUCACCUUGCACAGACCUGAGCUUCAACAAAGACCAGAUGAUCAGAGAGUUCCUCUUCACGGACACAGAAAUCACGCAGCUGGUGAAGGCCGGGGUCUUGACCGUGAGGGACGCCGGCAGCUGGUGGCUCUCCAUUCCCAACUCUGGCAGAUUCACCAAGAACUUUAUACAAGGUCGUAAAGGCGUGCUGGGCAUGGUGAAGAAGUCCCGGUACGGAGAAGUGUUACAGGCCGAGCUGGAGGGGCGGCGGACCGCCUCGCACGUGAAAUUCCACAUCAAGUACCACAUUCACGAUCUGGUCGGCGCCGAGCUGGUGGACAGCAUAGCGACAACUUCGGGGACUUUGUUGCGAUUUGUUGACUCCUGAAUCGCUGAAGAGAAGAAAUAAGCUGCUCAGCUUGCUGAUGUUUCAUUUUGUAAACACAAAAGGCCUUACAAAACCCUGUGGGUUUAAGAAAUAUACUUGAUGUUCCAAACCUUAUCAGGUUUUUGCAUUAUGUAAUAAAAAUUAUCUGCAUUAUUUUUUCUUCAUUUUUUUUUUUCCUGGCACUAGCUGCUCAACCUAAGAUACAGUAAAUGCCAAACUAAAGAUAGUAGUAAAAGUGACAGCGCACAAGCUGGUUCAAUUUUGUUGACAUUUAUUGGCUUUUUCAAAAAAAAAAAAAAAAAAGUGACAGCUUUGUAUCUGUAAAUCGAAAGGAGUCACAAUGACAUUG